AUGGAUUCUAUUCCUAUCAUAUCCUCUUCGCCUCCCAAGCCGCCGGUCGCCUCCAACAGUUCAACCAGGGCACCAUGCACCCUCUCCGCCCCCCUGCCCCGCGCCUUGGUAACAGACAAGCGAAGCCCAGCCAUGCCAUACCACUUGCCCUUGGCGGCUCCCCCACCAUCUAUCACCCCCAAACCUGCCUUAGAUCACCCGUCCAUCCUCUGCCCCCUCCCCAAAGGCACGGACAGGAGAGGGAGACCUGUCCUCUACCAAGGAGGACGGAUGAUCUGCAAUAACUUCAACGACCUCGGUUGCAGCUCCUCCAGCUGCAAAUUCCUCCACACUUGUUCAUUCUGCGGGGGAGCCCACGCCAGAGCCACAUGCCCACACAACCCGACAAAGCAACAGCUGUACACCCAGUUCGUCAACUUCCUCAUUCAGGGCUUCAUCUACGGUUUCCAUCCGGGUCUGCAGGCCAUGCCUGAGUCCACUCACAUAUGCAACAACUUGCAAUCAGCCCUGUCUGAACCAACCACAGUUGACAGACUACUGCAAAAAGAAGUUGAUGACGCCUUCAUGAUCGGCCCUUUCUCCAGCCCCCCUUUCCCAUCUUUCAGAGUCAGCCCAAUCGGAGUGGCAACCAAGAAGUACUCCGGGAAAAAGAGGCUCAUCAUCGACCUCUCGUCCCCCCACGGUUCCACUGUUCCAAGCAUUAACAGCCUGAUUCCCAGCCUGGACAACCUGCAAUACGCCACCAUAGGCCAUGCCAUUUCCCUCAUCCGCCUCGCGGGCCAGGGAGCAUGGUUGUCCAAGGCAGACAUCACAAGUGCUUUCAAAGUCCUCCCCAUCCACCCUGACUACUGGCACCUCUUUGGGGUCUCCUGGAAGGGCGCAUACUAUUUUGCUGUGUGUCUAACCUUUGGCUGCAAGAGCAGCCCAAAAAUUUUUGACUCAUUGUCCGAAGCCCUCUGCUGGAUUCGUUCCAACAAUUAUAAACUCCCGUACGUCAUCCACCUACUUGAUGACUUCCUCACGGUCACGCCACCGUCUUCGCCCCCGUCAUACGGUCUCAUACGUCAUCUCGGCGUUCCCCUGUCUCCAGAGAAAAAAGAAGGCCCAAGCACAUCCUUGGAAUUCCUCGGCAUCACCCUCAACUCCAUUACACUCCAAGCAUCCCUGCCUACUGAGAAACUCCACCGCAUUUCUCUACUCAUUCAAAACUUUCUCAUGGCCAACACAUGCAGCAAACGUCAAUUACUCUUUCUGCUGGGCCAUUUCAACCAUGCCACCCACAUCAUCCCUCAGGGCCCAUCUAUCUUGUCACACCUUCUCUCCAUAGCCACCGCCGUCCCAUCUAUCCACAACCACGUCACGCUAGACAGCGCGUGCAAGAUGGAACUAAAAAUGUGGCACCAGUUCCUCUCUUCCUGGAACGGCAUCUCCUUCUUUUACGAUGACCAUGUCACAGACGCCAAUGACAUCCAGCUAUACACCGACGCCGCCCCUUCAGUUGGCUUUGGCGGUUACUAUGGCGGCAGAUGGUUCUCUGCCAAAUGGCCACCUGACUUCUCUUCCCUGGCCCCUUCCUCCACCAUUUCGGAAAUGUACCCGAUAAUCAUUGCUGCCAUUCUUUGGGGGCAUGAAUGGUCCAAAAAGACCAUCGCCAUCCACUCUGACAACAGCGCCGUCAUCGACAUCCUCAACAAAGGCCGGUCACACAAUCUGGACAUCAUGCAGUUCGUGCGCAAGCUCACAUUGGUUUCAGCCCAGCACCAGUUCAUCAUCCGAGCACUCCACAUUCCAGGCCACAAAAACACAAUCGCUGAUUCACUCUCUCGUUUCCUGUUUCAGAAAUUCAGACAACUAGCUCCAGCCUCCAACCCUCUUCCAACUCCAGUUCCACCGUUUUCAGCCACAAUCUACAACUGAACCCAUAACU